UAACCGAGCAGGAAGAUGCCGGGAGGAUCUAGGCCAGUGGGCUUAGGAGGUCUGCAUGCACACACUCAACCUGAAAUCAGUGUCUUUCGCAUCUAUAUGAAAGUUUGAGCUGAGAGCGAUGGCAUCUAGUCUUACAUGUGCAGGCGUGGUGUGGGCCCUGUUGUCCUUCCUUUGUGCUGCCACAUCUUGCAUAGGCUUCUUCAUGCCAUACUGGCUGCUUGGGUCGCAGAUGGGUAAGCCGGUGUCAUUUGGAACAUUCCGCCGCUGUUCCUACCCCAUAAGGGAUGAGGCCCGUGGUGGGACAGUUAUGUUGGAGCAGUGUGGGCGCUAUGCCUCCUUUCAGGGCAUCCCGAGUCUGGAGUGGAGGAUCUGCACGGUAGUGACGGGGGCAGGCUGUGGACUGCUGCUCUUGGUGGCUCUCACUGCAAUCAUGGGAUGCUGUGUUACGGAUCUAAUCUCUCGCACCAUCGGACGUGUGGCAGGAGGGAUACAGUUUGUGGGAGGGCUGCUGAUCGGAUCGGGAUGUGCCCUGUACCCUUUAGGCUGGGACAGUGAAGAGGUCAGACAGACUUGCGGCAACAGCUCUGACCAGUUCGAACUUGGUUCUUGUGAGAUCGGAUGGGCUUAUUACUGCACCGGGGCUGGAGCUGUGGUGGCCAUGCUGUUGUGCACAUGGAUGGCAUGUUUCGCAGGGAAGAAACAGAAACACUACCCUUACUAAACAUGUGGAAAACAAAACAACAGUAGAGGAAACCAUAAACACCACAUAUAUGGGCAUGAAUUUCAUUCUCCGAUUCAGAGAGAGUCUACAUCCUGUGCACUUCCCAAACGCAUAUCAUAUACAAGGAGACGUGACUGAACAAUUAACUUUCCGCGGCAGUUCCCACAUGAGAUUUUUCCUACGACUGACCUUUGACCCGCAUUGCCAUCUUUUGCAUUUAAAGUGGUGCCAGUAAUAUUAAAAAGGAAUAUAUGUCAAACGACCUAUUGACUUUUGUGUUCAUAAGGACUCUACUGUAUUACUCUCACUUAUCGUUGCUUUUUUAUCGUGUUUGUGUAAGUACAGUCUUCUCUGUGGCUUAAGUUGUUGUGUUUUGGUAUGUUGUGUUAUUAUAAUAACCUAUUCUAUAUUAUGCAUUUCAUUAAUGUCCUGUUAUUGCCUUAAAUAUCUCUGCUGCAAUAAUAUACAUCUCAACCGGACUGUGUAUUUGCUAAUCAUUGUAUGUUUGACAAUAUAUUGUGACUGAUAUGAUCUUUGACAACUUUUAUAUAACAUGGAUAAAUGUCCAUUAUAUUUCACUGC